AUGCAGCCCUUAAUAUUAUGUUGUGUGGUCCUGGCGGCCCUGGCGUGCGUCAGCGGCCGCGAGCUGUCGCGGGAGCGGCGGGACGCCGACCUGGACACCGCCGCCACGCACCACGGUGGCAAGUGGGACAAGGGCGGCGGCAAGGAGCACCACGAACAUCACCACCACGACCACGGGGAGAAGGGACACAAGGGGUACAAGGGACAUCAUCACCACGAGCACGGCAAGAAGGGACACCACCACCAUGAAGGACACAAGGGACACCACGACGAACACGGUGGACACAAGAAGCACCAUCACCACGACGAUGGCCACCAUCACGAGCACCAUCACGGUGAAAAGGGACACAAAGGACACGGCCACCAUGAAGAGGGACACUACCACAAGGGUCACUCCACGAAGGGUCACCAUGGUGUCCAUAAACAUGAUGAGUUCAAGAAGGAGAAGCACUUCCAUGACCACCACCACGAAGGUGGCCAUCAUGAGCACCACGGUGGACACCAUGAGGAGCACGGACAUAAGAAGGGAGGCGAAUUCCACAAGGGUCACAAGCACGGUGGUCAUCAUCACCACGAGCACGGCAAGAAGGGCCACCACGAGAAGGGAGGACACCACCACGACCACAAGGGUCACCACGACGAGGGCGGCCACCAUGAGCAUCAUCAUCAUCAUCAUGAUCAUGGAAAGAAGGGCGGUCACGAGGACCACAAGCACUGGGGCCACAAGAAGGGCCACUAA